CCAUCGGAUGAUUAGGCAAUACACCUGACUGUCAAGAUAAGUGCGGCGUACCUGUCACUUCCUGCUGUCGCUAUUUAUUCAUUUUCACUUAUCCUCCCCCCCCCCCACGACUACAGAUAAUUUGGCACGUCACAGCCAUGUUUGUAUGAUUUCGGCUAAUGUAUCCCGCACGGCUCGUGGACCCUGCGGACCAGACGUUACGACCUUGGCUUCACGUUCGACUCAAAAAGGAGGAGUAGCCCCCCCGCGGGAAACCUGCUGGGGAGAACACAGCUCGCGCUCGAUCAACCACCGGGACCGGACUCCUCGUCACGCGGACUCGUCUGGUCGUGUUUUUUAACCAAGCAGCAGCAGCAGCGUGGGACUCCGGGGUAACGGCAUGGAUGAGAGGUUAUGUGUGCCCACCAGCUAGAGGCUCCUGUGCACCGCGCCAGUCCCAGCAUGUAUCGCAGGAACGGGCUCUCCGAUGGCACCAGCAUCCAUUCAGUCACCUCAGAGGCCAGCAGCAGCUCUGACUCUCUGGAUGUACCAUGCGUGGACUUUGCCAAGAGCUAUGAUGCCGUGGUCUUCGACGUGCUGAAGGUGACUCCCGAGGAGUUUGCUAGCCAAAUCACCCUGAUGGACGCACCAGUCUUCAAGGCGAUCCAUCCAGAGGAGCUGGCCAGCUGCGGAUGGAUUGGGAAGGAGAAACACAGUUUAUCCCCUAAUGUGGUGGCAUUCACACGCAGGUUCAACCAGGUGAGCUUUUGGCUGGUGAGAGAAAUCUUAACGGCCCAAACGCUGAAAAUUCGAGCAGAAAUACUGAGCCAUUUUAUCAAAAUUGCUAAGAAACUGUUGGAGUUGAACAACCUUCAUUCUCUGGUGUCAGUGGUGUCUGCUCUGCAGAGUGCUCCCAUCUUCAGACUCAGCAAAACCUGGGCGCUGAUCAGUCGGAAAGACAAGGCCACAUUCGAGAAGCUCAACUAUCUGACAUCCAAGGAGGACAACUACACCCGCAUGAGAGAAUACAUCCGCUCGCUGAAGAUGGUGCCCCGUAUCCCUUACCUGGGGAUCUACCUAUUGGACAUGAUCUACAUCGACUCCGCCUACCCGGCAUCGGACAGCAUCAUAGAGACGGAGCAGCGGACCAAUCAGAUGAACAACCUUCUGAGGCUCAUCUCCGACCUGCAGAUGUCCUGUAACUACGAUCACUUGGUGACCCUGCCACAUGUCCAGAAGUAUCUGUUGUCAGUCCGCUACAUAGAGGAGCUGCAGAAGUUUGUGGAGGACGACAACUUCAAGCUGUCUCUGAAGAUUGAACCUGGCAACAGCUCCCCUCGCAUCGCUUCUUCUAAAGAAGACCUGGCAGGACUGUCUGAGGUAUCUGCCUCUCUGAGGUAUAACCGACGACCCACGUGCCCCGACGCCUCUGUGGGGGCUGGUAUUCCCACCCCCCCUCCCUCUCACCACAGGAAGAGCCAUAGUCUGGGAAACAACAUGAUGUGUCAGUACGGCAUGUCAGAGAGCCGGAGUGCCACGUUUCCCACGGAGAAAGCACGCCACCUGCUGGACGACAGCUUCCUAGAGUCCCAGAGUCCGGUGAGGAAUGACCCGCACAGUACGUCUGUGUCCAACGGCCUGUCCUUAGGCAGCAGUGAAAGCUCUUUUGGGGAGGAACUGUCACCUGGCGUGGAGAGGGGCCGCAUGUACGCAACACUGGGCCCCAACUGGAGGGUCCCGCUUCGCAACUCCGCCUGGAGCCGCAGCUAUGUUUUCAGUGAGGCCAGCAGCGUGACUGUUGAAGGACCCCUGCGGAGGAAAACCAUGCUGAAGGAGGGACGAAAGCCCAAGUUGUCAUCGUGGACCAGGUUUUGGAUCGUUCUGUCUGGAUCAACGCUGACAUUCUUUGGUGCAAAAGCACUGAGGGCCUCUGAGAGAAAACAUUACAAGUCCAGCCCCUGUAAGAAGGUGUGUGUGACUGGAUGGAUGGUGGGGCUGCCAGACGACCCAGCCAGACCCAACGUCUUCCACCUGAACGACCCAGACAAAGGCAAUGUUUACAAGUUCCAGACCGGGUCCCGGUUUUCAGCCAUCAUCUGGCACAAGAACCUGGAGGAGGCGUGCAGGAGCAGUAGACCCCAGAUACCAGCAAACCUCAUGUCAUUUGAAUGAGAGCAGACCUCACCCAGCUGGACCUUGUUGUGCCAAACCCAUUCGUUUGGGACGUGAAGACUAAAUGGUGGGAUAUGAUGGUAUCUACUGAAGUGGGAGAGGCAAUACAGAAGAAUCUCUUGUAUACACGACCAGCGACAUGCCCGCUUCCUUCAUCGCCAGGACUAGAUAUAACCUGUAAGAGUCCAUUUAAUGGGAGACUUUGAAGUUGUGUCUUGUUAAAUUCUUUAAGUUUCAUCACUGGAUGUCUUUCAUUAAGCUGCUAAAUAUGUGAACAAGCACAUUGGUUUUUUUGGCCCACGUUGGGUUGCUGUGUGGGUGAAACGAUAUGUUGACAGUGUUAUUUGGCCGUUGAGUGGUGUCCAGGUGUUGACAGAAAGUUAAGAGACCCCACCAUGGCCCCACUGGUUGCACUUGUGAAAGUGUUUCUGUAUUUCGACAUCCUACUGGAAUGCGAGUAGGCACAACGUUAAUGCACACGCCAUCGUCGAGAGCGGUAAAGGUGACGCCUGCACUGCAGCAGGACAGCCGCGCAAGACCCAGCUGGACUGAAUUUGUCCCCAAAUAACAGAAUUCGUAGAGGAACCACCAUGGAACCAGGAAUUGUUGGUGAAAUGAAGAAGCAGCCGUGGAUGAGUUGACAAUCUCCUCUUGGUGUUUGUACAUAUCAAAGCCAAAUUGCUAUUUUCUACAGAACAAUGGAAAUAAUCUGCAGUGCAGAAGAGAGCCAGUUGUUGUCCACACCAGGAGGCCCAAGGCUGCUGGUGGCGUGAAUUUAAAGCAAUUUACAAUGAAGUACCAAGUUUCAACAAUCAUGUGUGUAAAUACUGUAUUUAUUUGUAAAAGAGUUUAUUUUUUGACAAUUGGCCAUCAAAGGGAAAUGGUACAAUGCUUUUCUUUGUUCAACAUCUGCUGCGGGAAGCUGUUCCUCAGAGAGACUGUUGGUGGGAAGCCACCCUAAAACGUAGCUCCACUCAUCACCAAUUGGAGGACAUUGGAAUAAACAGACUCCAUCAGCUUUGGUGCUGUUAGGUAACCUGCUUCAAAAGCCAAAUGUUUGCUUGAAUUUAAAGGAUAAUUCUGCUUUAUUACAAGUUGGAUUUGACUGUUUGGCAAUCAUUCCAAGUAUUAUAACGAUGUUCUCCUGGGGAAUUACUAAAGUGAAAGACUGUGAAAAAAUGUCUCAUAAUUGAGGAUAAGGGGAAGCAGAAGAACGAAAUGAACUAGUUUGCACAGUGUGUUGUCCAACCAGAAGCCAGAGCCUGAUCACAUGUUCCUGUGUCAGGAAACACAAGCGGUCAGAUUAUCAGAAAGGCUGGAAAAAACCUCUAGGUUUCACAAAAUGGUCCGGGGCAGAACAUGUAGGUGGCUGUGACGAGAGACAUCGGAACCAAGUACAACCCGAGGCAGAUUCCAAGAGUCAACUGAAAACACAAGGGGAGGAACGAGGUGCCUCCGUAGCAAUGGAUCAAUCACAACGUAGCCCCGCCCUAAAGCAGUCCCAUACCACUCAAAAUACUUCAUACACAUUGUGCUGUUUACAAGAAGAUUGGAAACAAGCGACUUAGACCAUGAGCUCCUUUGUCCUGGGUUAAUAAGUCAAGGGGGGGUGCGUUGUCUCUUAGACUUCUUUCUGCACACGCAGGAGUCGGCCCAUUAGAAAGAAACUUCUGCAUUGGCUUCACUUUUCACACCCUGAAUCUAUGAUGACGAUGUAAUGUUCACAGACUAAAGCCAUGAAUAAAGAUCCAAUUUGGAUUGAGUAGAAAUUAUCCUUCCAUAGUAGAACAAAAAAAAUGUAAAUGAAGUUAAACAUUUACUAAUAGAUGCCAUGUCGUAAAUCACAGUAACUGUCUAUUUGUAAUAUUAUCAACUGCAACGGGGGGAAGAAACGUUGAAAGUAGAAAUGUCAAGUGUAACCAUGUAACAUCUCUUGAGUUGAAUGUUCUUUGUUGCUUUUCAGAUCUCAAUUUUCCUUAACUAAUACAAUGGACUAUUGUUUCUUCACUAUUAACUCACUCACACACUACUGUGGCCUCUUUAUUAAAGAGGAUCUGCUUAUUGACCAGUGACCCCCCCUCUAACCACUAGGGAAUACAAGAUGGACAUGGACCACGUCCUCUUUCCACGCCUCACCUGUGAAACACUGAGCCUGUGAUUCUGUUUACUGUUGCAUCACAUUUUGGAAGAGUGGAAACUUCUGUACAGAAUAUUUAACUUUGUUUCAUGUUGUUUGAAGGGUAAAUAUGUAGAAUGAAAUAAACCGUUGAACAUGUUGAAUUUUUAAA